UUCCACAACGUGUCUCAAACUUGGCAAUGGCAAGCAAUGGUUCCACCAGCUCUCUGAGAAUGAGCUGGCUGCCCCCUACUGGAGACUGGGAGAGUUACCAGAUUCAACUGUUCAACCACUCCUCUGUUGUGCUGAAUGUGUCCGCUGAGAAACACGUCAGAGAGUAUGAAAUCAAGAAUUUAGGACUCAUCCCUGGACGACAAUAUAAGGCUGCAGUCAUUGUAAAGAGUGGAAAUUUUAAAAACGAGGCAUACUGCAGUGGGAGAACAGCGCCAGAGGCAGUCCUUCACCUACGGAUAAAACAUACUGAUCAAUCCACACUCAGUGUCUUAUGGACAACUCCUGUGACUGAGCUGGACCGGUAUCUUAUAUCAUUGAAGGACACAAAAAGUAUAGAAAUGAAUAAAAGUCUUUCAAAAGAUGCCAAAGAGUGCACUUUCUCUGGCUUGGUACCUGGACGGAAAUUCACAGUUACUGUAACCACCAUCAGCGGUGACUUAAGCAAAUCUGCUUCAGUAGAAGGAAGGACAGUGCCGGCUCAGGUGUCAAACCACCACGUGACAAACCAAGGGACAAUCGACAGCUUACACACCAGCUGGACUAGAGCCACUGGGGACAUUGACAAUUACCAAAUCCACCUCAUACAUGAAAACAUUGUAAUAAAGAACGAAAGUGUUUCAAGUGAAACCGAUCAAUAUCUGUUUCAUUCCCUGAAACCUGGAGGGUCAUACUCUGUGGUCGUCACCACUAUUAGUGGAGGAAUCUCCUCAAGACAAUCAAUAGCUGAAGAAAGAACAG